AUGUAUAUUUUCUUGCUCUUCGGCUUCUGCUGCGCACUCGGCCAUCAUCUUUUCUACGCGUCCCUGGAUGGUCGUAUAGCGGACAACCAGCUUGCGAUGCUACGCUAUGGUACCGUCCUCUCGUUCGCGGCCAAGGCAGGUUUUGUUGCAGCAGUCAUCACUGCGUACCGGCAACGGAUAUGGGUGACGGUUCGAAAUAAGCUACUGAGUGUUGGUGCCCUGGACUCAUUGUUUGCCGCCACUGACGAUGUCUCGGCGCUUUGGAAUACCGAGGUUUACCAGAAAGCCAAAAUGGCCAUGGCACUGGCUUCCCUAGCAUGGCUGACGCCAUUGAUGAUCAUCCUUACCAGCAACACGCUCCUGGUAGGACUUGUCGAAAACAUCGAUCAUACAAAAUGUCCAAAUGUGAGAACUUUGAACUUUACCAAGGAUGAGCUCGAAGAUUUCCGCCAUCCGACAAAGAUUGACGGCAUGUUUGGGUUAUCAGUCAAUUAUUGGAAUACUACUGACGACAAUGUGAGCGCUGCGGAUUGGUUCGACUACUAUACUGGGCCGAGCGAUUUCUUCCAAGCAGUGGCUAAUCUGGGUGUAUAUUCGCACCAAGUCAUGGGGGCAAAAAAUGCCUCUUUUGACAUCUGUGGCGCAGGUUGGAAUUGCACCUACACGAUCGAUUUCGUGGCUCCAGGGUAUAAAUGUGAAGAGAUCGCGAACGGUGUUGGAUCCCAGGUACAACAGUUCGGCAACAACGUGACGCCCUUCAACACGAGUGUUUUGGUGCCCGAAGGCAUUUACAGCUACUACGCCUACACAAGCGGUGGCGAGUACGAUCGGGCACAGAUGGAGCGGGUGCAGCCGGGAGGAAUGCCGGUAGAUGAAAACGGCGAGCGCAUCUGGCCGAAUCAGUCGCUUCCGGAACAUCUUGGCGUUUUUCGAACGGAACCAGUUGUGUGGGUAGGGUAUUCUGUCCGGAAGGACCCUGACACAACACCGCCUAAUAGUAGCAUGGCAGGGUGGAACGAAGCAUUUACACCCAAGAUUUUUGCGUGCGAGAACUAUGAGACAGCAUAUACAGUCGAGUUCAAAUAUGAAGGACAAGACCAGUUCACGAAUGUGACAAGACGGGAGUUUCUCUCAAAAGUCAUGGACACGACCUACAUCAAAGGUAAAGAUGCGGUGGAUGGCACAAACGAUAACACGACGGCGGUUCCUGAAAGCAAUUACGUAUAUCCCAACGAUACUAUGCGAUAUCGCCGGGUAUCAACGUUUCAUUCUUUGGGUAUGAUGUUGCGCAACGCCAUCAAUGGCACCAUGGCAUCGGACCCAAUCGGGAACCCAGGUGCAAAUACCAAAGCAUUGCAGACAAAAUUGAUGAACCCCAAGCAGGAGUGGUUUCCAUACCCAAAUGUGCAAGAUCUGGUGCGGGAUCUGUACGAAGACAUUAUUCUUUCUUUGUUUUCGAGCUAUAGAAUGGUAUCGUUGACAUGGGCCGCCAAGCCAUGGGAAACGCCUGGCGAUCUCAAAGGCAACGAGACGACUCUAUGGCCAUGCACGAAAUCAAGAUGGGAGAAUAGGUACAAGUAUAUCGCUCGAGACCUGUGGAUCGUGUACAGCUGUGCGUUCCUCUGCGCUGUGAUUGCCGUCGUGCUCGGAACUGUUGCCGUGUUCGAAAACGAAGGCCGACUCUAUGAUACGAGGUUCUCCAGCAUUGUCGCAGCGACAAGAGGGCCCGCACUGGAAAAGGUCAUGUGGAAAGAGGAUAAAGGCGAUUUGGAUCCCGGAGUCAGAAAAAUGAGGGUUGGGUAUGGGCUGAUUCACAAAACAAACGCGCUUGGCGUGGUGCCCGAGGAAGAGACCACGAGGUACACUGGGCGGGGAAUGAAUGAAGAAGGGGACACGCCUAGGUUUGGAUUUGGGUUGGAAGGCGACGUGAGGCAAAUCAAAAAUGAAGGAAGUCUUUUCAGGGGAAGAACGUUAUCCUAA